AUGAACCCCGAUGAUGAGGACAAUCGCUAUCUCAUGGAUUGCCUCGAUCUUCUUGUUGCUGCGGGAUAUUUUCGAGCACGAAUUAAAGGCCUUGCUACGUUUGACAAGAUUGUUGGUGGGAUGGUGUGGUGUUUAUCUCACUGCAAUCAAAAAAUCGAUACUUUUCUUGUAUUCAUCGAAGAUCUAGAUAUAGGACAUAAAAUCACUCUAACGGAAAAGGUAGUGCGAGUUUUGACUGAUAUACGAUGUCCACAUCCUAUUGAGCCACAUCAAAUACAAGGACUCGACCUUCAGAAUAUUUAUCCAGUCAUACAGGUGCCUCAAAUCAGUCAUUACUCAAAAAUUUACAACGAUCUUCACGAGGCGAUCGUCCGCAGAGAAAAUUCAAACGGGGAUAGUAACUUAAAAAUCUCCACGUUACUUGAGGAUGCCUACUGCACACUUGCAGAAUUCGGAAAAGGUGGCAGAACUGUGAAUUUCAGGCCGGCCAGGGACGUGAAGCUGGAGGGUGGCCUCGAAGGCGCAUCUACUACUGUAUUUCAACCUGAUAAUCUGGAGGAACUGGGUGAGAGGAAACGUCUCAAAGUUUCCACGAAGACAGCAAAGAAAAUAUUCGAAGAAAUCGACGUUCAAACAGCAAUUGAUAACGCAACUGCUGCUGGAGACAGUGAAGCCGCGUACAAGAUUAAACUUGAGGAGGCAGAGAAAAAUCUUGAAGAGCUUGAGAAACAACUCAGAGCUAAGGAACAAGAACUCGUUGAAGCAGAGGCCGACUAUGAAGCUGCUUUGAGAAAGGAAAAAGAAGUGGAGGAGAUUUAUAAGCGCUUCACACCAGAGGAAAUAGAAGAAGCACGCAUGCUCAUGGCCGAGGUUGAAGCUAUGAAAAAGCGCGAGCAAGAGUUCAAGGAUGAUGCUGAGGCCGAACUGGAGGCGAUAAGGCAAGAGAUACUGGCGUACGAACAUCCCGAAGAGAUUGUAAAUCAACGGAUAGCUCAGCUUUCAUAUCAGUUGGACAAGAUUCCCACUCAAAUAGAAAUGGCUCAGUAUCAAAAACGAUUGAUAGAGUUGUACAAUGAAAUGGGGAGCAGAAAUCGGCAAACCAAGCAAUAUAUAACUCUACAUAAUACACUUCUGGAUGUGAGGAACUAUCUCAAGAAAGAUAUUGAAAUGCUAUCAAAGAUCGAAGAAGUUCUGCCGUUAGCCAAAAAGGAGUCUUAUCGGGAAUCCUUUAUUGAAAAUUUGAAGAACUUCAAUCACUCAGUCGAAGCAGUUCAGAAAAGGGUAAAUGAUCGAAAAGCCGCUUUAAUGGAGGAGAAAACUCGUCUGACAGCUGAAUAUAACGAGUUGAAUGAUCAGAGGCGAGAAUUCAAUCGAUUAGUGGAAAGGAUGAAAGAAGUA